CAUCAGACACAUCUUUCAAAAACAUUCUCCCACUGUCCCCCACUGUAAAUGAAGCCUCUAUAAAACAGGAUUUGAAAGGACAUUUAUAAUAUAAAACGCACUGUUUUUCCUUACAGCCAAACCUUCACAGUCUGGCACAAGCUCAUUCCUCUUCCUCACUACCAGCAGAGUUUGGUCUGGGCGCCGGGGCAAGAGCCUCUCCUCCGGGAGCCGCUGGAGACAUUACCUCAUCCACACGUCCACUCUUACGUUCACAGUCUUUCCAUAAUGCCCCAGGUUCUCCUCAUCCUCAUCACGUCCCAUCAGCUUCAGUCUAUCCUCCUGAUCCCAGAAUGCCUCAUUCCAAACUACCUCACAUGCAGCAGUACAUACCCUCAUACAUGAACACUGCCACCCACUUCCCCUUCCCGUACCCGCCUCACCCAGCCUCCCCCAAACCCGCCCACACUCCCCUAUCCCACAUACACAGCAGUCCGUCAUACUCCCUCUCGUCCCCUUCAUCCAUCCCGGGCUCCCCGAGUCCCUUCAGCUCGGAUGUCUCAAGUCCUGUUUCCGACGUCAACCUGAUGUCUCCCCCUCCCACUCACACGCCGGCCAUGUGGCCUCCUCACACUCAACCGCUGUUUUCCCUGGCAAAUGUGCUGUCUAUGGCCAUGAGCAUGGCACAUUCGUUCAUGCCCACGCCGAGUCUGGUACAGGCCAUGCCCGGUUAUCAGCCCGGUUAUCCCACGAUGUACGCGCCCCAGUAUCCUCCAUCUGUACCGGCGGAGGUGGCGUACAACCAAGGGAUGGCCGAGUAUUACCAGACCUUGGGUUCCCAGUUUCGGGACACUGUGAUGUCGUCUCCUUCCCGAGCUACUCCAACAUCUGCUUCACCCAGCGGCGUCUCCACAUCCAGCCAGCAGACAGCGUCCACAGUUCCUCAAGAAGGAACGCUGUACACACAGGAAUCCUCCAAGGAUUAUCCUCACGGAUACAGACCCGCUUUCCCCAGACACUUACUGGAGCAGCGGAGCAGCCCCGGGUCUUCAUCCGGACGCUCGUCUUCCUCACGAGCGAGUCCAGAUAGCAGAGUUUCGUCAUCCAGUCCUAGAUCAUCGUCCCCCCUGGCCACGCUAGAGACUACCAGAGCAUCCCAGUGCCAAGAAAUCUCAUCACCAUCUGAGCCAAAGCCUACUGUAACUGUGGGCCGUUUUCAAGUUUCCCCCAGCAAAGAGAUUCCUGCUCCGGCCAGACACACAGACAGUGAAAACACACCCACUGAAACUCCACCUGUCGUCCCUCCGGAUAAUCACAUCAGGUCACCGGAUCAAAACCUCUCCAUUCUUCCUUCCUGCGAGGCUCCGCGUUAUUUAUUGAGUUCUGCUGACCAGCCCGAGACGGAGAACAAUCAAAAAGAAGACCGAGAGGGACAGAUUGAUGAGCAAGAGCAGGAUGUUGAUGAUGGUGAAGAGACCCCUGUGGAUAAGAAGUACAGGAGGAAGAAGGGACGCAGAGUGGAUUGCAGCCCGACUCUCAUGGGAACGUCGGUGGACAGCGGGUUUUCUGUGGCCAUGGAUACAGACAGAAGAGUGUGGGAUGGAAACACGGGAAGCCCUCCGUAUGCCACUCCUCUCCACAACCUCUGGAUGAGCCACACGCGCAGCUCCUCCUACCUGAGCAGCGACGAAUCAGAGAGCGAGGAUGAAGAGAUGUGGGGGGAGCUACAGGAGCUGAGGGAGAAGCAUCUGUGUGAGGUUCAGUCUCUGCAGGCGGUGCAGAAGCAGGAGAUAGAGGAACUGUACGCCAGAAUGGGGAAGGUCCCUCCCCCCUGUAUCGUAUUUCCAGCCGCAAUGCUCUCCAGCCGCCAACGCCGACUGUCUAAAGGAGGAAACGUCCCGUCGUCUCGCAGAAACAGCCUCCAGAGAGUCGACAUUCUGCCUUUAACAGGGAUCAUGAGGAAAAAUUCCCUGAGCGGUAACAGUAGCAGCAGUUCCCAGGAAGGUUCACGGCCGACUAAAGGAGUGACUUUCGCUGCUGAUUUUACUAGAAUGUAAGAAUCCUUAGCCUGGUACAUUGGCGGGACUACGUACAUCAGACUACCUCAUCCAGUCAUGACUGCUCUUACCACACCAAACUCUGAACAACCAGCCACCGAGAAACAGAGACAUGAUCCAGUCAUAUCCUCAUAGCCUGAACUGGACAGAUUGGGUUUGUAAUAUAUAAUGUACAGUUUCCUAAGCAUAAUAUGCUGUGUGAAUCCAGCGUUGGUGUCAGAAGGCGCAUUUCUAGUGCAAAUGCACUAAUUAAGUCUGCUUAAUUCUGUGAAGAGCCAAUGGUUUGGCGGGACUCUGCUGUUUUAUGAUGCUGUGACGUUCUCUCUGAAGGCUCAGCACUGAGUUUGACUCUCGACUGUCUCUUUGCACUUUCUAAAAACCGCCUGGACCUGCUGAAUGGGCAAACAUCUGAAUCAACAGUCCACUACUGGACAUCAGAUGUCCUGCUGUUUCUGUUCUACUGCCUGUGUUUGCGCUGUAGAAACUCCAAAUCAUCAUGCAAUAAUCAGCAUGAACUCUGUAGAUCUGGUCCAGAAAUAUUUCUGCUAUUAUCUGAUAGGGUCUCUUUUAUAUUAUCUAAAUGUGAAUAAAAA